UGCCGUGUCGCACACGGUCGAAGUAGAGUUAGCAUUGUAAACACAAGGCUAUGGCUGACGACAGGGGUGGAGGCGAAGACAACGUUAACGACAAUAUGGGCAACCAGCUACAGCUCUUUCCAGGCAACGGGGAGGAGGAGGAGGACGAGGAGGAAGAUGACAUGGAGACUGAAGACCGAGACAAUGACGAGACAACGAAGCCAAGCAUUAUCACUUUCGAUCCUAGUCUGCCUACUUCACACGCUUACUUGGGCUCGGACAUGGAGGAAUUUCACGGCCGGACCGUCCACGACGAUGACAGCUGUCAAACUAUUCCUGUGCUGCCACACACUGCUGUCAUGCUGGUGCCUGGGCAGACUCUGCCUCUGCAGCUCUUUAGGCCCCAGGAGGUCAGCAUGAUGAGGAGUGUCAUACAGAGGGAUCGAACCUUUGCUGUGCUGGCACACAGUGAUCCAGGUGAACCAGAGGCAGAAUUCGGAACUACAGCAGAGAUCUACGCAUAUCGGGUGGAGCAAGAGUACGGCAUCGAGACGGUCAAAGUGAAAGCCGUGGGCAGGCAGAGAUUCAAAGUCCACGAGAUAAGAACUCAAGCAGAUGGGAUUCGACAGGCCAAAGUCCAGAUCCUUCCAGAACGAAUCCUUCCUGAUCCUCUGUCUGCAGUUCAGCUAACGCCCCUCUCCAGGCUGGUCGUGCACCCUUCCUCCAAGCCCUCAACUCAAAGCUGCAAGCAGGCCGAAUGCUGGUGGAAUAACUACCAACAGAGGAAGUUUCGCUGUGCCAUUCUGACCCGCUGGCCUCCGUGGGUCUACACCCUCUAUGAAUCUGAGUCCCUCAUGAACCGAGUGAAGAAGCAACUCCACGAGUGGGACGAAAAUCUGAAGGAUGACUCUCUCCCUACGAACGCCAUAGACUUCUCCUACAGAGUGGCGGCCUGUCUGCCCAUAGACGACUCGCUCCGGCUGCAGCUGCUGAAAAUCGGCAGUGCCAUUCAGAGGCUUCGCUGCGAGUUGGACAUAAUGGAUCGGUGCACAUCACUGUGCUGCAAGCAGUGCCAAGACACAGAAAUCACCACCAAAAAUGAGAUCUUCAGCUUGUCUCUGUAUGGCCCCAUGGCUGCCUAUGUCAAUCCCCACGGUUACGUCCACGAGACUCUGACCGUCUACAAGGCAAACAACCUCAACUUGGUCGGCAGGCCGUCCACACUGCACAGCUGGUUUCCAGGGUACGCUUGGACAAUUGCCCAAUGCCGAUGCUGCGGCUCUCACAUGGGUUGGAAGUUCACCGCCACCAAGAAGGACUUGUCUCCACCUCGUUUCUGGGGUCUGACUCGCUCGGCCUUGCUCCCCCGCAUCCCCCCCGACGAGGGCGAGGACGGGCGGGACGGCUCGCGACUCUUCUGCCUGUGACAUAUGACCUCCUGUCCCCCGUCGUGUAAUAACUGCCUGGUUGUGUUGCCUCCCAAGUAAUCACUACAUCACGCGCUGUCAGCCGUGGCAGUAAAUCCAUCAUAUUAGCGGAAAGGUCAUCCAACCUUUACAUGGCACUUGAGCAGCAUACGCAAUAGGAGAGAAGGGCAGGUUGUUCUUUAUAUGUGGAUGCACUGGUGAAGACAAAAAGAGACACGCUUCCCCAUUCGUGAUCCUUUGAGCAUGCCGCUCCGUCGUGCGCGCGUCAGUCCAGCUGUUCGUAGGCACACUGAUAGAAUGUCAAAAUGGGUGUCGUUCAUGGGCCCUGCGGCUGUUGUCCUCCGCAUGGUGGAAGGUUUUGGAGCUUGAGCAAACAGUCUCUCAGAAUUCCCAUUGAGAGAGCUUUUUUUUUUUCUUUUUUUGCUUUAUUGAUGCCUGUCUUUAUUGGCAAUGUCUCAUUGACUCUGCGCAAGCUGACUCUAUUGACAUUUUCGAAUCUUAGAAGUCAAGCUGUUGUAUUUUUGUAUGCCAGUAAGUUGGAAACGACUUCAUGCCAGGACCUCUAAAUCGAGUGCGCUUUGUGCUCCAGUGGCAGCCAUGACCGUUUUUGAAGGUCACGGGCUACAUUUCGACAAAGUAUGAAAAGAGAAUUCAGCCGUCAUUUAAAAUCCUUCCGGCUGUUGAAUCAUUUGCUGAACGUUAAGCGAGAAAUGUACAGCGCGGUCAUGAUUGUUAAAAUGAUGUCCUGACUAAGUCCAUGAUGUGACGGUGUUCCCUUGAGGUUGCACAGCUGCUCUUUUAAGCAUCAUCAAAAUGUUCCGCGAGAUGCUGGUUCAUGUUUCUUACAUGAUCUCAAUUAAAAUUGCAUCGAGUGCAACAUGCGCCAUCGCUUGGAAUGUGAAUACAUGUACUGUGUUGGCAUCCAAAGACCUUUGGAUUUUUGUUU